ACAAUGACCACCUUUUUAUGGCAAGAGCAAAGGUCAUCUUCAACAUGGCGGCUGUUGACCGAUUUUCUUUCCUUGCAGCCGAAAUUUCCAAGACUAUCAACUAUUACAAUGAUAUUCUGGCGAUUUUAGGUGCUGUGUAUGUCGGAAAGAAGGUUCUUGACUUGAUCCUUGGUUUUCUUGGCGGGACACGCGUGCAUUUUGUCUCCAGGAUCGGAAAGCCGGACUUGAGGUUGAGGUACGGGCCAUGGGCUGUGGUAACAGGUUGCACAGAUGGCAUUGGGAAGGCGUACGCUCAGGAACUGGCCAGCCGUGGGGUCAACAUCGUUCUCAUCAGCAGAAACCAGACCAAACUGGAGAACACUGCACGCACCAUCGAGUCUCUGUUUGGUGUGGAAACGGCCAUCAUUCAGGCUGACUUCAGUAAAGGCAGGGAAAUCUAUGUGGGCAUCGCAGAGACCCUUCGCGGGAAAGACGUCGGUAUCCUGGUCAACAACGUCGGGCUGAUGUACGACCAUCCGCAGUUCUUCCUGGAGGUCCCUGAGAAGAAACUGUGGGACAUCGUUAAUGUCAACGUGGCAACGGUGACAAUGAUGACACACCUCGUGUUACCAGGGAUGGUAGAACGUCAGCGUGGAGCUGUUGUGAACAUUGCUUCUGCUUCUAGCUUAAGGCCCACACCUCUGAUGACAGCUUACUCCGCCACUAAGGCAUAUGUUGAUCACUUCAGCCAGGCCCUACAAUACGAGUACAAAGACUCUGGCAUCACGGUGCAGUGUCUCACACCGUACUACGUCGCCACCAACAUGACGGCGUACAGUGACAUCAUCCACAAUCCCAGUAUCGUCAUUCCGUCCGCGACCGGUUACGCCAGGGCCGCGCUGUCUACGCUGGGGGUCUCCGCUAGAACUACAGGGUACUGGCCGCACACUAUAGCACAGUGGUUUGCCACCAGACUGUUCUCAGAGGACUUGUACAUUUGGGUGGCUUACCGGUUCAACAGUGCCCUCCGCAGACAAGUCAUGGAAAAGAAACAAAGAAAAUUAAAGUCCAAGUGAUGACCAUUUUGUUAACAUCAAAAGAUAUGGUUGUACCUGCAAGAUAGACCUCUACUUCUGUCAAAGAGUAAACUGGUCUAUUCAGUAACAAAAUCUGCAGUGGUUAGGCCUAUAGGAAAAAAAUGUAUAUAAUUAUAGUAUAAUUGGACUAGUCCCAAGGGACCCAUUAACGCUUUUGCAUAUUCACUAUGCUUUAGUAUGUACUCAAUAAAAGUAUAAAGUUGAUUGGGUAAAGCGUUUUGGAGUCAUGGACUGGAGUCCAAAAUUAGAGUGUUUUUCCAUAAUUAAAAAGACGCCUGUUUGUCGUGUUUGCUUUUUCAGUCCUGAAGAAAUAGGGUAGGUAGGUAGGGAUUAUCUUUCUUUUUUUUGUUAUGUUUUUUAGGCAGGCCCAAACUCCAGUGAGACAUAUUACAAUACAGUUGAACAAAGUAAACUGAAAUGUAUGAGGACACUAAGUGUCUUUCAAUGUCAAACUUUAAUAUUGUGCAUAAUAGAUACAUUUAUCCUUCAUUAGAUAGGACAAGCUAGCAGUGUUUUUACUUCAAUACACAACAGGCUAAAUAAAAAUUCUAACUGGAAACUUUGUAACUUCAGUGCCAACCAACCAACUUUACAUACAUAUUGGUAACAAGUUGCAAUAGAGUCCAAAGUCAGAUGAUAGCUUUAAGCUUGCUGUGAGGUUAGUGUGGAAAAGGAUAUAUGAAAAGCUAAAUGUUUUGAUCAAUGUUUUUCAUGUGAUACAUGGUAUUUACAAACAACUAUUUGCAGAAAGUUCUAUUUAAUAUCUGAUUUUUUUGUUCCUUUAAUCAAACUUUAUAACUUUGAACUGUUUUUUUAUAUGUUCUGUACAGGUUUUAAUGUGUUGUAUGUUUCCAUAAAAUUUGUUCUGAGUAGCAUUCAAAGAAUUUUCAACAAUGCUGCUAGUAUCUGAUCAUGUGUUCAUUCCUGCGAUCAGGUUUUGUGAAUCGCUAUGCAUUUCAAAAUUUGUAAAUCAAUACCUGGUUAAAUUAAUUUACAGCAAUUUGCAUAAGUUUGUAAACUAUGUGUUUCAAAAUGUUAUGAUGCAUAUUAAGAUGAAUGUUAUGAUUGAAAUUAUUGUAAUAAGAACACAUUUUAUUGCUGUUUUCAAUCAAAGUUCUAGUAGACAUAGCCCUAUACCCAUCUGAAAUGAUAUUCAAAUGCAUGGUAUGAUGCAAAGAUUCAACAACUAGUACUGCCAAGAUGAGAUUUUUUAGUAGUCUUUUACCAUCAUGAGGGACUCUAUGCAAACAUUUUGUUGGCAAUAUAUGUGUAGACAUUUUGUGGUGAUCAUCUUUUAGCUGCAGAUAGACACUUGACAUAUGGCACAAUGAAUGACAUAUGUUUGAAAAUUUCUUAUAAAUGCAUGCAGCACAAGGUAAAAUCUUCUUUUAAAUGAUAUUUCCAAAAUCCUAUCGACAAAAGCUAUCCAUUGCUCUUCUAUUUCAGUAAUAAGUGCCACAUUGAAAAGAAGUUCAAUUUACAACAUAGACAAGAAGUGAUCCUAGUAUCUUUCCAUUAGUCUUUCCAUUGGACAUCUUCUAAGUCCUUCAAGCAUGCAAAAGCACUUUCUACAAGUCCAGGUAAGUACGGGUCACAAAAAAAUGCUGCCUGUCCCUAAUGUAUUGGACCUUCUUGUCCUAACUGAAGAGAGAGUGACCCAUUAAAGUUGUCUGGGAAUUAUUU